UUUUGACAAAAUAUGCUAAAUGGAAAAACAGAAUCAAACAUUUACAAAUCACUCACAGUGGCCCACGUUACCUCUGAAGCGGAAAAAUAACGCAAGCGGUCAAUCUACUCCUGAAAACGAUGAUGGAAAACGAGUCCGAAUGCGAUACAGCAAAGAAGAGGAAGAAAAACUCAUUAAAGAGGUGAUAAAAAGAUGGGAUCAGCUUUAUGGCACGAAGAGUCGCUUCCUCCCGUGGGGACGGAAGACCAGCACAUGGAGCGAGAUCGCAGCACAGCUGGGGGAAACUUCGAAAGGGGCCAGAGCCGGCGAGGACGUGCGGAAGAAAUGGCUCUAUAUGAAGCGUGUCUUCUUAGAGAAAGUCGAAGCUCAGAGGUCGUCCCACUCUGACUCGGGACCACAGCUCUCUCCACUCGAGCAGAAGCUGCUGUCUCUGCUCAGGCAGCCUCCAGCACAGCCAUGCAAUGUGCCUGAUAUUGGUGCCCCCAGAAUGGACCUGAGCCAGACAGAGACGGACAUCCUCAGUUCUGCUGGCCGCCAUUCCACGGGACUUUUCUCUGGUUGCCCAGGAGACGCAGACAUCUCCAGCUCCCGUAAAACGGGCAGGAGCUGUUCUGGUUUCCCCCUGGCUGCGGAUGAGGUGACCUGCGGCGCUCUGCUGGAGGCCCAGGAGGGGGACACGUCGCCCUCUGCUGGCGACAGAAGAGAGGAGGACCCGGACGAGGAGCGCUGGGGCCCGGCCGCGGCCUCCGCGUCUCGCGGCGCGGGCCGGCAGCACUGUGACGAGAGCGGCCCCGUGAUGGCGGCCAUCGUGAGCAGGCAGCGGCUCAGCGUGUCCCUGCAGACGGAGGCCGUGACGGUGCUCAGGCGGCUGGAGGGCGACGUGCGCCGCUACGUGGAGCACGUCGCUGUGACGGGCGCGAGUUUGAGCACACCUGAGAACGACGCUCCCUCCCGCCUCCCGGGGGCCCCCGCCUCCGUCCCCGUCCGGCUGGGCCUUCUGCACGACGACGUCCUGCUGGAGCGCUUCGGCUUCGACCGGAGCUCCAUCGCCUUCCUGUGCGCCCUCCUCAAACCGCACGUAACCAAUAACUGGAUGCAAGUGGAGGGGACGGUCUGUACUGCUCUUGCAUAUUAUGCCACUGGCGCCUUUCAGUCCCCAAUGGGAGACUCCUUCGACGUCGACCAAACGGUCGUGAAGAGAAUCGUGGAGCUGGUGUCGGACGCUCUGGUGGCCGUGUCUGACCGCUUCAUUAAGUUUCCUACCUCCGCCGCCCAGAAGCAGGUCCAGCAGGACUUCCUGGCCGUGGCUGGGUUCCCGGGCGUGGUCGGAGCCCUGGGCUGCACCCACAUUGCCAUCAGGCGCCCGGAGACGAACCCAAACCUCUACGUGAACCGCAGACUGUUCUACUCCAUGAACCUGCAGGUUACCACCACGGCCGACUGCAGGAUAAGCAGCGCUGUGGCCCGCUUUCCUGGCUCCUUCAGCUGCUCCCACGUGCUGCAGCACAGCCCGCUGGAGGCCUUCUGCAGCCGGGGAAACCUCGGCAACGGACACCUCAUUGCUCAUUCUGGCUACCCUCUGAACCCGUGGCUGCUACCUCCCCUCCCGAACGCGCACACGAAAGCGGACGUGCGCUACAGCGAGGCCUUGCGUCUGACCCAAGGCGCGGUGGGGAGGACCGUGCGGCUCCUGAAGGCGCGGUUCUCCUGCCUGGACCGCUGCGUCCUGCCCCUGCAGUGCUCCCCCAGACGUAGCGCGCGCGUCAUCCUGGCCUGCUGCGUCCUGCACAACAUGGCCGUCUCCCACCACGUCCCGCUCCCGGGGAGGAGCGCCAGCACGCUGGCGGAGCCUCCCGCCGUCCAGGAGGACUACAACUGCGAGAGCGACGAGGAGGCGCUGUCCGACAGCGAGGAGAUCGUGCAGCUUAGGGUCACGGCGGGUCAGGAGAAACAGGCCCUCACAAUCCAGCAGUUCUUUACAUAAGGCCAAAAUGGAUACCUCCUGCGUACGUUUUUAUGUCUACAACUGACGGCAAAAAUGACGGAAAGCUCCGUCUGGGUAUAACUCAAAGAAGUGCAAGUCUUUGAAAUGAUAAUACAUUUCAAGGAAAGUUGUUUUUUAAGGAAAGUCUUUUUCUUUCUCAUAAACACAUGGGUGCUUGAUGUACUGUAAUUGUUCAUUACAAGCUACCUUCUAAGUAGCUGUGUCGUUUUGACAAUAUUGCAUGUGAUUGACCUACUUACAGACAUAUUAAAUCAGUAUUAAAAGUACUAUAAUCAAUUAAGAUUAUGAAAAGUCUAUAGGAACCUGGACUACUGACUCAUAGCAGCUUCAGUAGUCUCAAUUUUAUUUAUUUCUUUACAAAUUUCCGUAGGUUCUGCGGUUUCCCUUAAUUUUGUUUUCAUAUUUUAUGCAUUACUUUGUACAUAUAUUUUUACAUGUAAUAUAUUUUUAUUCACAGUUUUUACCUUCUUCAUAUUUUUUUACAUUCGUUUUUUCUAGAUUGUCUGACCUGAUACUACAGAAGUAAAUGAUUGUUUAAACAGUGGUUUCAUAAGCUUUAAUACGUCAUCUUUGGUGCUCCUUUACUAAAAUAAAUGUUUUGUUUGAAACUACCUGCAAUAGUUUAAAGAAACCUUUUAUCAAAUCCUUACACAACUGUCUUGUAUGUCUAUGUAUUACACAUGAAUAACCCCAUUGCUCCUACCAAAAAUGGCAGGUAUGUCAAAUCUAGUACAGUGGUGCUUUUAUCAAAAUGUCUUCAGAGGGUCAUAUGUAUUCUACUGUAAAACAAAAGGCUAUGGAAGCUUGUUUGCAAGUUCAAAAAAGAAAAAAGAAGACAAAUGCCAUGUCAAAGUGCAAAUAUUUAUAUAAGUAUCAUAAGCAUUCGUUUAUACUUCAUAUAGUAGAAGUAUUAUAUAAGUAGCAUAUUGUAGCAUAUAUUGGUAUGAUUAAGCAAAUCUAGAUUGCAGUAAAACGAAUUGCUGCUAAUAAUUGACCUUAAUCAUGGCCCAUAAUUAUGUUACAAGGAAACCUUAAAUGUUGAUGGUUGAUCUAGCAUUUUAGAUAAUAUUUGGGUAGUUUGUUGGCAAAUUAAUUUGUGGUGACACUUAAGUAUUAAAUCUGUCACAACCACGUGUGCCUGUCUUAUUUUUGAGAUGUUGAAGUGUGUAAUGUAUGAAGAAUCCCCGGUCCAGUGCGUUAAUGUGUUCAAGUCACUGUUACGGGGGAAACCCUCCUCUCUGAUGUUUCUUCAUUGUGGCCUCUGGUACCUGCUGAAGUUCAGUUAGUCAUGGCAUCAGCAUUAGACUGUUCAGUUAAAUAAUAUUAUAAUCACAUUGAUGUGAUUACCUUAAAGGGUUGAUGUGUUCACUUUAAAAGGUUGGAUCAUGCAUAUGCAUGUCUGUAGACAACCAAGUAAUAUUGAUAUUAAUAUAUACCACUUAAUAAAAAGUGUAAUUCCUAAAAAAUUGAAUUAAUAUUGUUAUCAAGGGUUUAUGUGCAGGGUUGUUGAGGGAUAUAAGAUGUGCCCUGUAG